CGAGAUGAUGUCUCCGCUAUCACGCAACCAAGAAAACAUUUUGUCUUUCUGCAAACCUUCUUCUGCCAUCUCAGCAGGCUCUUGGACUUAAAACUUUAAUCAUUCCCUCUUUCGUUCUGUCAUUUAUUCUUGCAAUUUCAGCAUGCGCUUCCUUUCCCUGACCCCAUUCUUUGCCCUGCCCGCUUUACUGGUCGCGGGCCAUCAGCCAAAUGACGUACCGCCCGAUCCGUCAUAUUACGAUGCACCGACCGCUAUAAACCGUGACCACGAAGCUCCCCUCAAUGCGCAGAAGGUGCAGCAAGAUCCUUGGGAGAAGGGGCCGUUAGUGCAACGAUGGCGACAAUGGGUUCGGCGACAAGAUACGGAUUCGUCGGAAACGACGGAAACAAAAUCGGAGACUCAAAAAACCGAAGAGACUACAACAGACGAACCGACCACGACGGAAGAGAAGACUACGACAACGGAGGACAAACCAACGACGACUGACGAGCCCACGUCGACGACCGAAGAGUCUACAACACAAGAAACAACUACCCAAGAAUCCUCAUCAACCGUCGAAUCAACCUCCACCGAAUCAUCGACCGACUCAACCUCUACAUCAAGCAGCAGCAUCACAGCGACCGAGCCCGGCGCAUCAUGCUAUAGCACAACAGUCUCAACCAGCGUAGUAUGCUCCAUAACAACCGACGGCCGCACCGAAAGCGCAUCAUGCAUCACCAACCGCAUGACAUCCAGCACCUGCGCCCCCGGUCUCUUCUGCGAGAUCCACCCCGACUCUGGCGCGACAGUCUGCAUGGAACAGCAUAAUGACAUUGGAACUGAAGGUAUUGUCGUAGCGACUUUCUUUGGGGCGCUUAUUGCGGGGUGCAUGGCGGUUUUGGUGGGCAUGUGUCUGAGGGAUAAGAGGCGGGAGAAGAAGUGGCAGAGUAUUCAGCGGGUGAGGACGUUGAAGCAGGCGAAGAGGGAGGAGAGGACAAAUUUGAUGGCUGGUGCGACGCCUUAGACUGUUAUGUUAGGCUCGGAGUCUUUCUAUUAUUACCUUCACACCUGGAGUUCAAGGCGUUGCUCGUUAAUGCAAUAGGAAUAAUAAUGUUUUCAGGUGUUUGCUUUGAUCACAUGUUAUAUAUCGAGUAAUUUACCUGUUAAGAAAUGCGUCCAUAUCUGUGAGCCUAUUUCGAACCAUGAAGAAAUCCGC